AUGGGUGAUCUCCUCAUCCUCACAGAAUUGGUGAAAAUGUAUGGUCGAUUCUUUCAGAACGUCGUAAAGACGAUCUCAAAGAUCUCCAUGAUGACAACAAAAAGGGUUGAUGCAUUGGGAUGGAAAGGCUUGUCGCCUCUACAAAAAUGCACUGCAGCCAUGCGUAUGUUGGCUUAUGGAGUAUAUGCUGAUGUUGUUGAUGACUAUGUGCGAAUUGAUGUGUCCACCGCGAUUGAAUGUUUGAAAAAGUUUGUCACUGAUGUGGUUUUGGUAUUCAAAAGUGAAUACUUGCGAAAACCAAACUUGAAUGAUGUACAACACCUAUUACAGAUGGGGGAUGCUCGUAGUUUUCCCGAUAUUUUAGGUAGUAUUGACUGUAUGUAUUGGCAGUGGAAAAAUUGCCCAAAAGCAUGGAAAUGGAUGUUUUUGAGUGGUCACAAAGGGGUACCAACGCUCCUACUUCAAGCACUUGCAUCGUCCGAUCUAUGGAUAUGGCAUGCAUUUUUUGGAUUUGCCGGUUCUAAUAAUGACAUAAAUGUAUUAGAUCGGUCACCUUUAUUCGAUGAAGUACUAUAA